GUCCCUGAUUGGCUAACGUAAGCAUACUGGGCGUGGUCUCUAAGCCCCGCCUCCGCCGUAUUGCGUGGCUACAGUGCUAAUGCUAAGGCUUUGUCUUGUAGUGUAUUCAGCUGUUGUCUCUUGGAUGGUAGAAAGUGAGAACACCACACAUUUAUCCUCACGUAUUUUAAAUCACUCUCAACUAUGAGUAAAAGGAAAGCGCCACAGGAAACUCUGAACGAAGGAAUCACAGAUUUUCUCAUAGAGUUGGCCAAUUAUGAGAGAAAUGUCAACAGAGCCAUCCAUAAAUACAAUGCUUACAGAAAAGCAGCAUCUGUGAUUGCCAAAUACCCUCAGAAGAUCAAAAGUGGGGCCGAAGCAAAGAAACUGGUACAGGAUGGAGUUGGUGCAAAGAUAGCAGAGAAAAUCAGUGAGUUUUUAACGACAGGAAAACUGCGCAAGCUGGAGAAGAUUCGCAGUGACGACACAAGCUCCUCCAUCAACUUCUUAACCAGAGUGACUGGAAUCGGUCCUGCUGCGGCCAGGAAGUUUUAUGAUGAAGGCGUCAGGAACUUAGAAGAUCUGAAGAAGAUCGAACACAAACUCAACCACCAUCAGCAGAUCGGGUUAAAGUACUUUGAAGAAUUUGAGAAGAGAAUCCCUCGUGCACAAAUGCAGAAAAUGGAGACUCUGAUACUGAAGGAACUGGAUGUGGUGGAUCCCGAGUACAUCGGCACCAUCUGCGGCAGCUACAGACGAGGAGCAGAGUCGAGUGGUGAUAUUGAUAUACUGCUGACCCAUCCGGACUUCACCUCUCAGUCUGAGAAACAGCCCAAACUCCUUCAUGCUGUCGUGGAUCAUCUGGAGUCCAUCGGCUUCAUUACUGACACGCUUUCUAAAGGAGACACUAAGUUUAUGGGUGUGUGUCGGCUGAAGAAAGAAGAGGAAGAUGAAGAAGAGUAUUUUCCCCGCCGUAUUGACAUCAGGCUUAUUCCGAAGGAUCAGUAUUACUGCGGUGUGCUGUACUUCACGAAUACACCAUCCGUCACUGCUGAUGUGUGAUGUGCUGGUGUGGCUGGAGAGCCUCUGCUGGUGGACAGUGAGAAGGACAUCUUUGACUACAUCCAGUGGAAAUACAGGGAACCAAUGGACCGCAGCGAGUGAAACAAAGACAGACAAAAUUCAACCUCAGACUGUGUGUGUGCUGCUCAUUUAGGUCAUGUUAGUGUAUUUUAAGAGUAGAAGAGACAUUUAGGGAGACUAAUACAUUGUGUAUACGUUUUAAAGUUGUGAAAGCAGCUACAUAAUAGUAGUUGAUGAUGCUUUUUAAUAAUAAUAGUCAUGCAUAAUAUUUGGUUUUAAAACCAAGAGUGAAGUGAGAGAGAGAAAUGACGUCACAGGCAUGUCAAUAUUGUGACAACAGAUAUUACAUUAUAAGAUCAUAAAUCUCUCAUAAGUAUAGCAGCAAACAUGUCUAUUUCAACGUACUCAACACUGGUAUGCAAGAAAGCAAACUAAAGAAAUAUAUGAAUGAUGAUUGUCUGUGGUUGUGUUAUUUAAAAUCUAUUAUGAUGUUUUUGGGAUAUUUUUAUUUAUAUAAUGGUCUACCAUAAUAUGACACAAAAGAUUCUUGAAGUUUGUGUGAAAAUUUGGAUUCAGCAUUAAAAAUCCCACAAAUCAG